AUGCCUCCAGAAAAACCAAUACCCUAUCCCGACGAUUUCUCCAACGCGGAUGAAUACGUCGACUCACUCCUGCACUUCGCAACCACCUCGACCAUUUUCCAAACCCUAUGCGGAGGUGUACAUAUCCUCGAUUUCUUCAUCCGAGAACCUAGUCUGUAUCACAAAAUUCUCCCGGAAGAAUGGCGUGAGUGGCUUUUAUCCUGUCCCUCCAUGGACCUCCUCGAUCUCCUUAUGCGCGAUGAUCUCUCGCUCCCACGUGAUGAUCCGCCGCCGGAAUCCUUGAUGAAAUAUAUUCAAGAUAUCCGCAAACAUUCUCUGAUCCGGACGGUGGAGAAGGAAAACUUAAGCACCACGAAAUUACCGCGGAAUGUGGCGGUGGGCAUGAUUCCGAAAAAAGUGCACGAGGUGACGAAUUUUGCGGAUUACGUGGUUCGGGUGGCGGAUUCGGUGAAGGAGGAGAGUGGGAGGGAAAUCACCCAUUUUGUGGAUUUUGGGAGCGGCCAGAAUUAUUUGGGGAGGACCCUGGCGAGUCCGCCGUGGAACCGAUGGAUUGUGGCGGUGGAGAGUAAGGGGGGGAAUAUCGAGGGCGCGAAGGGCAUGGAUGUUCUUGCGGGCAUGGCCGAGAGAGAAAAGGUUAUGAGGAAUAAGAAGGUUUUUAGAGAGAAGAUUAUGGGGGAGGUAGGGAAGACGAGGAGGGUGGAGGGAAAGAGGGUCGAGGAGGCGGAUUUAAGACCCGCGAGGGAUUUGCAGACAAUUUAUACUCCUACUGAUGGGAAGGGGUAUAUUCAGUAUGUGGAACAUCGGGUUGAAGAUGGCGAUUUAUCAGAUGUGGUAUCUCAAAUUGAGAAUCUGAAAGUUUCCGCUCCAUCCGAAACCCUCAAUAAUAUCUCCGAACCCGAUUCUUCCACCCCAGCUACAACAGAAGACAUCGAAUCUUGCGUCUCGGAAGCCACACCCCCGGAAAUAAACCUAAUGGCCAUAUCCAUCCAUUCCUGCGGCAAUCUAUCUCACCACGGUAUCCGCUCUCUCCUACUCAAUCCCUCCGUGCACGCAAUCGCCAUCGUAGGCUGCUGCUACAAUCUACUCUCCGAACGCCUCACCCCCCCUUCCUACAAACAUCCCCUACUCCGCCCCAAUCUACGCGCCAUGAAUCUCCCCCCCUCAAUCAGCACACCCAUCCCCGCAGACCCCCACGGCUUCCCCAUGUCCAAUCGUCUAGCCACCUACAACGAAACGGGCAUCACCCUCAAUAUAACCUCACGCAUGAUGGGGGUGCAGGCCCCCGGCAACUGGACUUCUAAAGACAGCGAUUCCUUCUUCACGCGCCAUUUCUAUCGCGCGUUGUUGCAGAAACUAUUAUUGGAUUAUGGGGUUGUGCAGGCCAUCCCGCUGGAUACUUCGGAUGAUUCUGAUGAUAAGAAUCCUUCUGCUACUUGUACUUCUCAUGCAUGCAAUACCAAUACCGGUACAUCAGAGAAAGAAGCUGAAAAAGAAGAUGAGAAAAUCACUACUACCCCCAUAAUCAUCGGGUCCCUGCGAAAAUCCUGCUACACAUCCUUCACGACCUACGUACGCGGCGCCAUCCAAAAACUCACCUCUAUCCCACCCUCAUCCUCCUCCCCAUCCUCCUCCUCCCCACCAAUCUCCUCUCAACCCCCACCACCCCGCACAAGCAUAACCCCCCUCCUCCUGACCCGCCUCUCCACUCUCACAGACACCACCCUCCAACACUACUCUGAAAAGUAUCUCCCCCAGAAGGCCGAACUCAGUAUUAUAUGGAGCUUGAUGGCCUUCAGCGCGGGCGUCGCUGAAUCCCUGAUUGUGACCGAUCGAUAUGUGUAUUUGCGGGAGGCGAUGCAGCGGGGCGAGUGUAGGGAUGCGUGGGUCGAGGGCGUGUUUGAUUAUGGGUUGAGUCCGAGGAAUUUGGUUGUGGUGGGUGUUAAAUAG